GAUUACUUCCGGGUCUUGUGGAAACGGCUAUUUUCGCUUUUUUGUAUAUUUUAACGAUAUUUUAAUGCAUGACAGUUGAUUAAUUCAACUGCAGUCUCCGGCAGUAAAGAAACCGCCAUAACGAAGAUAACACCUUAGUAGUUGAACGCUGGCAUCGUCUGCAAUGGCUGAGCAUUCUGGUGGCGAUGCUUUUGUGUUAGAGGAACCUGAGCGAGAGGCCGUGAGAUUUGAUAUUAAGGACAAGAAUGGAAAGUACCCCGAGAUACACGAGGUCAAAAGUCACAUUAAGCAGGUUGCAGAGAGCCUGCUGUACCAUUGGAGGACAUUCCCAAUCAUCUUGCCACCCUCUCUCACCAGCCAGGGCUCGGAAAAGGGUCCAAUCAAUUACCGCGACCUGUUUAAGGCCCCGACUUUUGACGAGCUGGAGCAGGUAGCCACGGAUGCCUUCGGGAACCUGAAGAAACUCAAUGACGUACAACUGAAGAGUGUCUGGGAUAAGGGUAAGUUUGAGGUUCCCAGUAUCAACUUCCCGGGCCAGGUUCACAUAUGGUUACUCAGCAGGCUGUUACAGAAGGGAGCAGACAAGGCCAACGAAUCACUUCUAAAGGAUUCUGCCCUUGCUCUACGCCUGCUGAUCAUCUCGGCCAAGAACAGGAUUAUCUCCCCUGUGUUUAGCCUCUCUCAGUCUGUGAAGAGCUGGGGACGUGGCUUCUGGAAACUGCUAGACCUGACAUUUGGGAUGCCGUCAACCAGUGCAGGGGACAUAGUGAGCAAGAUCCAAACAGAACACCAGCGAUAUCUCAUAGCUGAACUCGAUAUUAAGAGUAGCUAUCGGUCAGCGUUUGGUAAUUUUAGCCAAUACCUGAAGAAUAUGUCCCGACUUGGAACCACUGACAAAAGAAAGUGGACAGAUGUGCGUCCCCCUGCCAUACCGUACAUCUACCAGACGCCCAAGGGUCAGGACAUUGACCUCAGAUUGUUUAAUAAAGAUGUGUUAAAUAACUGCCUACCAGUCCUUAGUAACAUUCUUGAGCGGGAAAGUAAGGGAUGGUAUGUCCCCUUCCGACACAAACACAUACUCAGUCUCAAAGCUGAAGGCUUAACUAAUGAAGAAAUCUCAAUGCGUGUAAAUGAAGCCGUGAGGGAGGAAUAUUUACGUCGUGUUUAUAAGGCCAUCUUGUCCAACGCUGAAAUGGAGGCUGUUGAACAAGGCAUAGGCCAGUUGCUGGUGGAUGAAGCUAAGGCUGUGAUAUUGAUGAAGAAAGCCACGGAAAACAUCGAGACGAAGAUGCACACACACAAACAGGAGCUCUUAAACCACCUGAAGAAAGCCCAUCCAGUGAAGUCUAGAAUACCUGACUGGGUCUCGGAACAAACAAGGAACUUUGAGGUAGAGUUUGUGAGCCAGCACCUGUGGUCAGCCCAUGAGGACGCCAUACAGCGAUGUGAGGAGGAAGACCUCCACCAAACCGUCUACUUCCUUAGGCGUGAUCUCAACUUCCUUAAACAGCGGGAGCCUAUUUUGCUCAAGGAACUAGAGAAGGUUCGGAUACCCAACAGACAGUUCACGUUCUCCAUGCAGAUAUGGUUGCCUAGCAACUGGGUGACGGUCAAGGUGAUGGAUACAGGAGAGCUGGUCGUUCCCACGGUGAUAGGGGAACAAAGGCUCAACAGACCGGGCGUGUCUGCCAAGAAACAAAAUGAUGUGUUUUACUACAUCAAGAAGUCUGUAAAGCGACAUACAAGUACCCGAUACCCACUGUGGCGCUGGUACAACUUCCUUCAGAGAACAUGGACAUGGAUGUGGAAUAUCAUUUGGUUGUUUGGGAUUGUGGUUCCCUGGUGCAGCCCCGUUAGUCUUCGGGCCCUCCUGUUUAUAGCACCAUUCUACCCGGACAAGGAAAUAUCACAGGAAGAGGGAGUGCUGUACCCGAAAGAAAAGUCCAAGACUCACACCCUGGCCUCCAGAUUGGCAGCAGUUUGGGAAAGUGUACGUAAUUCCAGGAAGGACUUCGAGAGCACCCCAGACAGAGGUUUCCUGGGGAAGAGUUGUACGCGGCACCUAAACCGAUUUUGGAAUUAUGUGUGUAAGGGUGUGUGUGGGAGUGUACUUGUUGUGGUCAGUUUUCCCAUCCUGUGUGUCACUGUGUCAGCCUGCUCUAUGGUGCUAGCCAUCACUGCUCCAGUCUGGACCCCAGUUGUAUCUCUUCUCUACCAGGCCUUCUGUAUACUGGUGUAUGACUUUGAUUAUCCAGGCAACGUGAACAAGAUAAGCAUACUGCUGGAGGCUGUUUUGCUUAGGUUUGUGAUCCUAGGGACAUUACAGCCAAUCACGGCAGCCGGUUGUGCGUUCCUCGCUCUUCCACUGGUUUCACUUGCCAUUAUACUGUUUGGUGGUAUUCGGCGUGGGGUGCGAGGUUUCUGGGAUACUGUUAUGUACAACAUUGUGAUUAAGAGUCGGGCUCGGGUUCCAGCCAAUGAUGGUUUUGUAGCCCGCAGAAUUUCCGGACCUGGCCUAGCGUCAAACUACUUUUUCCAAAUCCAGCCGGCCCAGGCGCUAGCUGCCCUUGAGGCGACCAUGGAGUCAGAGGAGCUGGAAAUGUUCAAGACUCGCACCCAUGACCUUAUAGAGAAACCAGUCAGGCACUUCAGAGAUGUGAUGAGCAAGAUAUUUGGUUCGUUCUCGGGGACGGUGACGGAGGAUGGCGUGUACAAACAGCUGAUUUCCGAGACCUCCAAUUACCGCACCGACCUCACCAACAAGAUCAACCAACGUCUAUGGCGACUGAACACAGGCUUGAGCAUUGACGUAAAAGCCAAGGUGAAACUACCGGAGCGGCAACUUAAGUUGACAAUCCUGCAGGCGGCUCAUAUGCUGGAGGACUUCUACCCGGGUCAUGUGAUCAGUCAGCUGACUUACAAAGAGAAAGAUUUCUGGGAGAAGAAAGCCCUCGAGUUCCGUGACUGGAGAGGCUUAGCAAGUCAGAAACUGUCAACCAUUUUCUCGCCGUCAUUCUUGGUUCCCCUGGAAGCCACUGACAGCAUGUUCCAGCUCAAGGUACAGCACCUUAAUCUUGGUCGCUACGUGAGCAUGAUGGAGUCGACUGAUGUUCAUGACGAUCUUGAUGUUGUCACGGAGGUACACUCCAACACAGGUGAGAUCACCACAAGAGCACCAUCACUGGAUGUGUCCUACUUUAACCCUACAGAGAGCAUCGUACAGACAAACCACUACCGUACACUCAGGCGACGUGUGUAUCCCUGGUCUCGUCCUGUAGAAGUAACGGAAUUUGACAAGCUCCAGGUGCCCCCACCCAUCCCCCAUCCAGCAGUGAUAGCCAUUACGGUCUUCAACAGAGAAAGUGAACCGUACGCCCUUAGUUUUGAUGACAUAUUCUGUCACAACAUUAUCAAGUCAAUAAAGUCCUUCAAAGAUUUUGCCGACCCUGUCACCACAAACUCUAUUGACAAUGACCUUGAGCCCAGCACGCCUGAGAAUACAGUGGAACCAGUCAGUGCCCCGUCACACUUGGCUGAACAGGAGCGAUCGUUCUCCGAUGAUAGUUCUGAAAUACCGACCGGUGUCAGAGUUCGUCCCUUGAGCAUGGAAGGUGCGAGCCCGGAGGAGACAAAAGGGCUCGUGUCUGGGGCUCCUGAGGAAACGGGCAGUGUGGAUACAGCUAACGAUGUGGAUGACACAAUAUACACGAUCAGUGACUCAUGACAUUGUUGACUCUUGUUAUUACUUAUAGCUUAAAGUGUGCUAUUUUGGAGAUGUGACAGUACUGUAUUAACUCAGAGUGUGCUAUUUUGGAGAUGUGACAAUACUGUAUUAACUGAGAGUGUGCAAUUUUGUAGAUGUGAAGGUACUAUAUAAACUAAAAUGCCAUGGGUUGUGAAUUCUUUGUAAUUAUGUCUCCCCCUCUCUGGGGGAGACAUAUUGUUUUUGCCCUGUCCGUCAGUCCGGUAGUCCGUCAGUCCGUCCGUACGUCACACUUCGUUUCCGAUCGAUAACUGGAAAACCGCAUGACCUAGGAUCACCAAACUUGGUAGGGAGGUUGGUCGUGAGGUGUAGAGGAUCCCUAUUGUUUUUGGGGUCACUAGGUCAAAGGUCAAGGUCGCGGCGACCCCCAAUAUAAAAAACAUUUCUGCUCAAAAUCUUGAGAACGGUUUGACCUAGGUUCACCAAACUUGGUAGGGAGGUUGGUCAUGAGGUGUAGAAGAUCCCUAUUGUUUUUGGGGUCACUAGGUCAAAGGUCAAGGUCGCGGCGACCCCCAAUGUAAAAAACAUUUCCGCUCAAUAUCUUGAGAAUGGUUUGACCUAGGUUCACCAAACUUGGUAGGGAGGUUGAUCAUGAGGUUUAGAAAACUCCUAUAUUUUGGGGGGUCACAAGGUCAAAGGUCAACGUCGCUGUGACCUCUAAUGUAAAAAAAUAUUUCCGUGCAAUAUCAGGAGAAUGCUUUGAUCUAGGUUCACCAAACUUUGAAGUGAGGUUGGUCAUGAUGUCUAGAUGAUCCCAAUUGUUUUGGGGGUAACAAGGUCAAUAGUCAAGGUCGUGGUGACCUUCCAUGUAAAAAUCAUUUGCGUGUAAUAUCUUUAUGUCUCCCCCAUUCAUGGGGAGACAUAUUGUUUUUGCCCUGUCCGUCAGUCAGUCCAUCAGUCUGUCAGUCAGUCAGUCAGUACGUCACACUUCGUUUCCGCCCAAUAACUAUAGAACUCUUAGACCCAGGAACUUCAUACUUGGUAUGCUAGUUGGUCAUGACUAGUAGAUGACCCCUAUUGAAUUUGGGGUCACUAGGUCAAAGAUCAGGGUCAACGUGACCUUGAGGUGAAGAAACGGUUUCCACUCAAUAACUAAAGAUCCUUUGGGUCCAGGAACUUCAUACUUGGUAUGCUAGUUGUUCAUGACUAUUAGAUGACUCCUAUUGAUUUUGAGAUCAAAAGGUCAAAGGUCAAGGUUACCUUCAGGUAAAAAAUGAUACGUUGGCGGUGACCUUAAGCUUAAAAAUGGUUUCUGCUCAAUAACUAAAGAAAGCUUGUACCCAGGAACUUCAUAGUUGUUCAUGACUAGUAGAUGACUCCUAUUGAUUUUGAGAUCAAUAGGUCAAUGGUCAUGGUCACCGUGACCUUGAGGUGAAGAAACUGUUUCCGCUCAAUAACUAGAGAACGCUUGCAACCAGAAAUUUCAUACUUGGUAUGCUAGUUGGUCAUGACUAGAAGAUGACCCAUAUUGAUUUUGAGAUCACUAGGUCAAAGGUCAAGGUUGCCAUGACCUUGAAGUGAAGAAAAAGUUUCCGCUCAAUAACUAAAGAUCCUUUGGUUUCAGGAACUUCAUACUUGGUAAGCUAGUUGUUCAUGACUAGAAGAUGACCCCUAUUGAUUUUCAGAUCAAAAGGUCAAAGGUCAAGGUUACCUUCAGGUAAAAAAUGAUACGUUGGCGGUGACCUUAAGCUUAAAAAUGGUUUCUGCUCAAUAACUUAAGAACGCUUGUACCCAGGAACUUCAUUCUUGGUACGCUAGUCGGUCAUGACUAGUAGAUGACCCCUAUUGAUUUUGAGAUCAGUAGGUCAAAGGUCAAGGUUGCCAUGACCUUGAGUUGAAGAAAUGGUUACCGCUCAGUAACUAAAGAACACUUGCACCCAAGAACUUAAUACUUGGUAUGCAAGUUGGUUAUGUAGAUGAUCCCUAUUGAUGUUGUGAUCAGUAGGUAAAAGGUCAUGGUCACGAUGACUGUGAGCUGAAAAAUGGUUUCCGAUCAAUAAUUGAAUAACGCUUGCGCCCAGGAACUUCAUACAAUGCAAACUUCGUUUACAUUUUCCAUGAUUAAUCAACAACACUUUCUUCUCUUCACUAUUUAAUAUAAUCGAAUAAACCAAACUUCACUGUUGGUUUGUCUCCAGUCCAAAGUUACAAAUUUCAUGUCCAUCAUUUAUUUUUUCUCAGCUACGACCACACAAUAGGGGAGACAAGCGCUUUUUCAAAAAAGCAAUCUCUAGUUUGAAUUUGUUGCUUGUAAUGUAAUAGCAAGUUUAUUAUUUAUGUAUAAAAGUGCUACAUAUUUUGUAAAAUUUAUAUAAUCAAUAUUUGUAUCUUUUCUAUGGUUUGUGGUGUUAAUAUUAUAACGAUCAAUUAUUUAAAAAAGUGCUAUUUUUGUUUAUAGAGUUAUGAAUGUGUUGAUGUAGAUAUAGAUGGAAAACAGACCUGUUGCAGAAACAGUUAUUGGUACAUGUCGAGGUCAUUUGUUGGUGGUUUACGAGUUAAUCCAUUGGAUAAUGUAACCAUGUGCUUAUACUCAUUUGCAUAAUUUAAUUAUAUGACUGGUCAAUUUAUUGUUUGAUUGUCAACUGGUGACUGGUCAAUUAUGCUUAUAUAUAUACAAAACUAUACAUAUGGUAAUUCUGUAUAAAACGAAAUUUUGAAUUUAUUUUUCAUGUAUUGUUGAUGUGAACUUUAGCUUUUUUCGAGUUUGAUACUAAUGAGAUUAUAGUUUUUCGAUUGUGUUUGUCCCGCUUUAAUAUUGAACCCUGCAUCAUUGUGUGUGCUGUUCUGAAGACUUGCAUUAAAAGCAAACGACCAUUUUUUACCAUGACCAUUUCUACUGUGAUUUUGUUUUGUUUGGCUUUUAAGCUCAUACUUUUUUUCAAAGAAAUAAGUUGAUGUUAAUUGUCUUAGCCACUGCAUCAUUAUCAGCGGCAUUGUAUGCCUAGGAUACGAUUUAAAAACACAUCAAAGAAAUUUCAAAUGAAAUUUGUACACAUGUUGCCAUGGGCAAUAUGCAAAUGAGCUGCAAGGCCUAUUACCUUUCUUUUUAAUAAUUAUUGAGUUAUUCCCCUUUUUUUGGCUAUAUUACUAUCGUGCAUUCUUGCGAUUGUAAAACUGAAAUUGUGCUGUAUUUUACAUUUUCUAUGCAUUUUAUUGUGUUAUUUUAUAUUUUGAUACUAAAUGUAACCAAAUUAAUAUGUUGGAACUUUGUUGCAAGUGAGUGUGUAUUGACAAAGUAACAUGAUGAAAGCAGAAAUAUAGCUUUAUAAUGUUUAUUUAAUCUUAUCAGAAGUGUCUCAUGUCAUGUAGAUAAAAGCCAAGAAAAUGGCCUUAAAGUGACUGGUUUAUUUUUUUUGGCGUUUAAACUUAUUUAUUUUACGAUGAUUGUGACAACAUUGAUUGACUUAUAAUCGAAAGGAUGCAGAACUUUAUUAAAGCUGCACACAGAUUUACCAUUUUUACAACUUUUUUUUUUUUUUUGUCUUGGAAUGAGCAAAUUUUUGCGUAAAUAUCUGCAAACCAGUGUUAAAAGAUUGCUGACAAAUUAAAAAGACCGUAGAUUUUCAUAUUUCCGUGCGAAAAUUAAUGUUUUAUGGAAAAUGCAUAAAACAUCUAUGUUUUGAACUUAAAUAUAAAAAUCUGCCAUCUAAUUUUUUGUCAGCUGUCUUAAUUAACUGGUUUCCAUGGAUUUUCGCAAAAAUGGUUGGUUCCAAGACAAAAAAUAAAAAAGUUGUCAAAACUCCCCAAUCUGUGGGAGUGCAGCUUUAAGGCCAAAAAGUGCAUCUUUUGCCAUUCUAGUUUGUUUUCAUUCAUUCUGCUUGAUAAAAGGGACUAACAUUCAUGGAGUUUGUUGGCAACAUUUGUUUUAAUUUUUGUUGAAACUGAGUUCACUGACUUACUUUUAUGAGUAAAUAGCCUAUAAGCCUACCAGAGCCUAAAAUCAUACUAUUUUCAAUAUGACAAUAAUUAUUUAUAAAGCACUUUUACCAAAACAUUUUCUGUGACAUUUUUUUAAAUAAAUAUUAACAAUGAAGCUUUUAUCAAUUUUUAUGUUUAUCAUUGAAACUAGCAUCUUGCUAAUAUUUUGCAAAUUUUUUUUUUAAUAUUUGACAUUUUAGCACGACAAUGUAUCCCUUUAAAAAUCAUUUUGAUAGUAAUGAAACAUUGUGUGAUUUGCAUAAUUUUGAGUAUACAUUUGUUUUAUAUUGUUUAAUGAGUAUUGUUUAACAUGUACUUAUGAUCUGUUCUAUAAGCAUGCCUGUUUUUCAAAGAAAAAAUGGUCGGGUACUGUGAUAGCCUCGGUGUCAAUUUCGCUAGAAUGUUAACACUGUAGCAUUGGGCAUAACUAAAAAAGAUUUCACUUUAUUGAAAUGAAACUUGGUACACAUGUUGCCAGAGACAAUAUGCAUACUUACAGCAAGGCCCAUAACUCUCACUUUUAUUAUUAUUGAGUUAAUUCCCUUGUUUGACUGAGAAAACCCCCCACAAAACAGACCAGCACUGGGGUGUGCUUCAUGGUGCCCUUAUUUUGCUCCAAAUCACCUUUGUAUUAUUUACUUAAGACUUGUGUACUUGUCAUUUACCUAUGUUAGAAGGCACCUGUUGUAAUUUAUACUAGAAUUACUUGUUAUGGAUGUCAUAAUUGAAAAAUAAAAGUUUAAGAAGA